GAUUUGACGUUGGACGACCAGCUGACAGAGACAGACAAGAGACGUGAGGAGAGAUAGUGAUGAGCACUAGGGAGACUUUCCUUCUCUGAGGCCCUCGGGCUCCGAGGGGACUCAAACUGAGCCAAGAGGACUCACGACUUUAGAAAGUGAGGGGAAAAUAGCCAUGAGAAAUUUUAAACAAUUUUAAAAACUCUCUUAGAAUUACAGUCACUGUUAGUAUUUGAAUUAAUUUUCCUGCAAUCUCGCUCAAGAGAUUGAUGGCUGCUACUCAGGCUUCGCUCCCUUCCUUCAGCUCAUUCUCCAGUCUGCCUCACUCCACUGACAACAUGAAAGUGUGGAAGUCCAGUGAUGGCGCUCUCCCUCUGGACUCUCCAAUCAGCAAACUUUCACCGGACAGCUCUGAGCAGGUCCAGGUCAGCCAGCAGAUGACGGCGGAGCUCCUGGAUGACGACAGCCAGACAUCGCUGGAUCUUGAGUUUCUGCUGUCUGAGUGGAACAAAAAUUCUCCUGAUUUCAACGUUCCUUUAGACGGUCAACAAUUGGCACAACCCGACCCACACCUGACUUACCAAGAGGUGGGCAUGUUCAAGGAGCAGACAGGGCCGGGGAGUGUGCAGACGGGCAACAGUGGUGUCAUGGCUGAGCUCAUGUCUCCUGCUGAAACCGCAUCGGUGGAGCCAGAGAUGUACCACCAGGAUUAUACCACCAACCAGCCGGGUCGACGCAUAUUCCCCAACGUACAGGAUAUCAAUCAGUUUGACAUCCCACAAGGAGGCAGUGUAGACAGACACAGCAGAGGAAAUCACACUAAGCUCACAUCCUGGGACUUUAACCACUACUACGCCCAGCAGCAUCACCCACUGCGCACCAUGCCAGACAGCAGGUUCAUCCAGCCACAGGUCAUGACCCCCAACCCUCGACCUUACAGCUUCGUGCCUCAUUUCAGUCUCAACUCCAGCUUUCUUGGUGACUACUCCCACCCCCACGGCCAGGCCACGGUGCAUUUGGCCAAUCACCAGCAGUCCAUGGUGAUCAGACCGCAUUUGCCCCCUGGUGGAGUGGAAGAGAAGCGUGGGAGGAGGCCCACGGUGAAGAAAAGACCCGCCAUCCACAGCUGUGAGUACGACGGCUGCACCAAGACCUACACCAAGAGCUCCCACCUCAAGGCCCACCUCCGGACCCACACAGGAGAGAAGCCUUACAGCUGUCCAUGGGAAGGCUGCAGCUGGAAGUUCGCCCGCUCUGAUGAACUGACGCGUCACUACCGGAAGCACACGGGUCAGAAACCGUAUGAGUGCAUGCUGUGUCACAGGGCCUUCUCCCGCUCAGACCACCUGGCCCUUCACAUGAAGAGACAUGUCUGACCACUCAGAACGUCACACCGAGGUCUUCACUCAUUUUACUGAUAACGACUGUUCAAACAGCCAUUCUCAAGUCAUCACUUCCUGAAAAAGCAGAACUUUUCACAUGUCACGUGUUGCUGUUGUUUGUGUUUGCUUUGUACCACACAUGUUCUCACUUUAAGGACCUUCGACGGCUCUCCUGUUUCUAAGUCUGAACAGCAAAACUACAUGUCAGACCGGCAUCAUUUGCUUUGCAAAUCCUGCUUUGCAAAGAGCAAAGCAGGAUUUGUUUAUUAGCCACUUAUGAAACGUGACCUUGGAACUUUUAAACCCUGCAAAAUUUCAAUAAGGACAAAUGAAAGCCUGUUAAACCAACACUGUAUAUACUAUACACAUGUAGGUAGCUAAACACCAACAGACCAUCAGGAAAAAACAAAGUAAACAUUGAAUAUUAAAGGAAAAGAGUUGAUAUCUUCUGAAGUCUGUCAGUUGUCUUAUGCAAAAACACCAUAAACUGCUGUUGCUUGUCUUAAUGAAUCUUAGAUUGAGAAUCAAAUAAUUUUCUGCUUCUUAUUCCCAUUUUAAAAAUGUACAUAUUUGAUACUUUCAGCUCCUUAUUAUCUACUAGAAAUGAGUUUAAUAUUUGUAUUUAUGAUCUUUUAUAUCAACAGAAGGUACUAUGUUAUUAGAAAAUGUUAUUUUUGUGAACAGAGGCUUUAAAGUUGUACACAAAUUUUUGCCAUAAAUCAAGAAAUAAAGGCUCAUAAUGUUA